CCUUGCGCAUCAGAUUCGGAAGUUGCAGAGCUUCGUUAAGAAGACGACGUCCUCAGCAACCGGAUCCGACCCGGAUUCCCGCAACCAGAUCCGACCCGACUAUAAUAUUAGUCCAUGUUAGACGUGUAGACUACCACUCUCUUACUUUAUGGUGCAGUUAUUGGUGCUUGGCUGCUUGCUGCAAUGGUUAGCUCGGUGCUAUAUCGUUACCCUUUUUGGAUCUUUCGCCCACAAUUGUUCCGCAAGGGUUUUCCUUCCCAAUGCGCAGUUAUCCUGCGGCCGGAAAGACUCAUCCACGUGUUCUCUGCAACCACUUCAAUCGCCGCCGUUAAUGAUGACAAGUACAGUUAUCAUUUUAAAAGAAGCUGCUGUGGCUGUGCAGACACAUUCGUUGUCGCCAGGGACGAAAAGUACGGCAAAAAACAGGUUAUCAGCAUCACACCACAGCUUUACGAGUACUUACUGUCAAAUGUUAGGGAGCCAGAGAUCCUACGGGAAUUAAGAGAGGAGACUGCCACCAUGCGGGGUAGUCAGAUGCAGGUAUCUCCUGAUCAAGCACAACUACUUGCAAUGCUUGUCCAGAUUCUUGGGGCAGAAAGGUGCAUCGAAGUUGGUGUUUAUACAGGAUACUCAUCAUUGGCCAUUGCUUUAGUCCUACCAAAAUCAGGCCGUUUAGUUGCUUGUGAAAGGGAUGCCACAUCUCUUGAGGUUGCAAAAAGAUUUUAUGACCGAGCUGGUGUUUUGCACAAGGUAGAUGUGAAACAUGGACUAGCAGCAAAUUCUCUAAAAUCUAUGAUUCAGAAUGGGGAAGCUUGCAGCUAUGAUUUUGCAUUUGUCGAUGCUGAGAAGCGAAUGUAUCAGGAAUACUUUGAACUGCUACUACAACUGGUGAGGGUUGGGGGUGUUAUUGUGAUUGAUAAUGUCCUCUGGCACGGAAAAGUUGCCGAUCCACUGGUAAAAGACUCGAAGACUAUCAACAUAAGGAAUUUCAAUAGGAGUUUAAUGGAGGACAAGCGUGUAAGCAUCAGUAUGCCAUUGAAUUUUAGGUACCCAUAGGUGACGGCAUGACUAUAUGUCGGAAAAGAUGAUUUUAUGACAACUGACUGAUAGCAUUACAUUGGUUCGACAACAUUUUGUAAUGGCAAAUAUGAAGUGUACGCUAGCAUCAUGCAACAGAUGUUCCCUUACCGCCAAUUAUUAGAAAGGUAACCGAGUGUAUAUAUACCAAUUGGAAGCUGUUAAAAGUGAAUACUUUACCAAGCUGCCAAUAAAAUUCAUAGCUUCCAACUGGAGGAAUGGCCUCCUUUCUCCUACAUGAUUCUGGUUGGUGAACCCAUAGAGUGAUAUAUAUUAAGGUUUGUGUUCGUUGAAUCUUGAAUCUUAAACAUUCAUGUUCUAAUUUGCAGGGUUGACACUUAAAGAUCAAUUAAUCAAAUUGGACGGCCAAAAAGAUUUUAGAA